CAACAACAAAGUAGUUUCUGAAAAUACUUAACUUCAGUCUAAAUCCUCUUUCACAGCAAAUCCAGCGCCUGACAUGAAGCAAGAGUCACCACAGGAGCUGAUCCCUGCUCAGCAAAACAUGACUCGUGAGAUGAAGAGAGGGCAGCCGCUGCAAAAAGCAGGAAGGACGGCUGUAUGGAAAGAGGGAUUCACUGAGCCUCCAUACCAAUAUGAAGGGAACUGUCCCCCUGAGUUUCAUGAGCACUGGGGGCGAUGCUUCGGCUUCUUUAGAAUCCCCGUGGCUUGGAUAGAUGCUGAGACACAUUGUUGGUUGUUUGGUGCCAGCCUCGCCUCCAUCCAUGAACAGGAUGAGUAUGAUUUCUUAAUAAAUCUCAUAAAUGAAAUUGGAUACUAUGAGCCGGCCUGGAUUGGCGCCUAUGAUGCUGUCAGGUUUGGAGAUGAUGGAGUGAUGGUUCAGUAACUGAUAUAAACAUGGCCCCUGACUUGCUAAAGGACUGGAAUAAAUGGAGACGUUGGCUCUCAAUAGGUUCAAAUGGUAACGUGACUAAAUCAAGUGACUGCAAAAAUGCAUGAAUGUAUUUUGAAAUAUAAAGCAGAAUGGUCACUCCUUGUUUUCUUAUCAGAUUACCCCACACUGAAACAUCAUCAUUGUGAAGAGAGGCUUCCUUUCAGCUGUGCAUUUAGACCAGGGCUGUGUUAAGCACUUACCUGCAAUCAGUCACAU